AUGGCCGAAGCCGCGGAACCGACAAUGGACUGCAAUCUGCCGGAGCUCCUCGCUCAGGACCUUGAGUUCUCUGCUCUCAUCUUCGCUUCCAAGAACAUGACGGCCGGCGCCCCUUCGCCGGCCCUCGCCUCUGACGAAGACGAAUGGCCCUCCGCCGAACCCCCGACGGUCCUCGGCGGACCAUGCCACCCGAACGGCGUACCGCAGUUUCAACCACUGGGCGCCAUCGACGAGAAGAGCUCUCACAGCGGGGCCAGCGAUCAUUCCGACGCCGCGUCGAGCUCCAGCGGCGCGUCCUUCAGCGAGGCCGAGGACGGCGACGACGAUGCCGCUGCAUCGCCACAGAUCCGCCAGCACUCCGUCUUGACCGCCGACACCACCAUCUCCGCCUCCAGUCAACCGCCUGCACAGACUACUCACAAGCGUCUCGUGUCGUUUUGUGACGGGUCCGAAGAAGAUGAAGAAGCCGCCCCCGGCAGCUGGAUGGACUUGGAGCCGGAAGGCCCCGGCGACCACCCCGAACUUGGCAAGAGUCUAGACCAGUCGCCGGUGACCACGCCCAUCAAGCCGGUGCGGCCGCUAUCCCGGCUGGGGGACAAGUCCAUCAACGAGUCGCCGCCAAGGGCGAAGAGCGCCCACGCCGCAACUAACAGCCACCGGCUGUCCAACCCGUUCGACGAGUACACGCGACCCACCAGCCGGGCGCGGAGCUUACACGUUCCAACGGCCGCGGCCGACAACGGGAAGGGCAAAGAGCAGAACCGGAUGUCGGUCCAUUCGCUUCACUCCAUCGAGAUCGCCGUCCCUACGCGUACCUCGUCCUUGAAACACCGUGUUUCCUUCACAGACGAUGCUCGCAAGAACAUUGCAUCGCGCUCACGCACUCGCUCACACACCUCCUCUUCCCGCGCACCCUCCGACCACGUCGUUGCGCCGGGCACAAACAGGAGCUCCAUCAUCGCUGACCUGAAGGAGGAACUAGAGCCAUGGUUUCGCUAUCUGGACGAGCAAGAAGGUCUUGCUCCUCCUCUCCUCAUCACUCCCCGUCCAACAUCACGCUCAGCAGAAACCUCGAGGUCCCUCGUGACACCUCGGCCCAGGUCCUCAGCCCAACCGAGAUCACGUCCGACGUCUUCCGUGAGCGCUACAUACACCUGGCUCGAGGACCCGAUCGACAUCCCCUCAGGGGACGACGCCCGCCGGAUACCCCUCCCCCCAAACGUCGUCGAGUCCCUCCGCAUCUCGGUCACCUGCUUCCCAGAGACCAUGCUCCUCUGCUCCAGCCUCUCCAUCGAAACCAUCCGCAGCUACUCCCGCAAAGUGCGACACCCCGUACAAGAACCUGUCCGCCCGGAAACGCCACCGGCCUCCCCGAAACGGUGGAGAUGGCUCGCGCCUCGCCGCACCGCGAACUCCAUCCGCCGCUGUUCCCGCGGCGCCUCCUCCUCCAACCUCGACCUCUCCUCAAUGGGCCCGUCGACAUUGACACUCGCGCCCCCGCAGUGGUCCCGCAUCCGCAACCUCUUCCCCACCGGCUCCGACUACCUCUGCGACGCCCUCUACGCCCACAUCGUCGCCUACAACUACCUCGCCCCGAUGGUCCAGAACCCCCCGCGCCCGCUCACCCCGGGAACCCCCGAGACCCUCUCCGCCGGCGGCGGCGCCGACGACUCCAUCCCCAAGAAGGCCGCCAGCCUGCUCGGCCUGCAGGGUAUGCAGGAAACCUCCCCGCCUCCCCGCCCGCUCCGCAAGCGCUCGAGCAUGUUCCUCGGCGGCCGCCGCGCUUGCUCAUCGCGACAGUCCGCCGCCCCGCCGCCGGUACCCGCCACCCCCGUUCCGACCUCCGAGGUGUCCCUCCGCGACCUCCAGAUCGGUAUCAGGCGGUGCAUCGCGCGCCUCGUGGCCACGUUGCGGGCUGAGGGCUCGGACGGGCCGCUCGCGGGGGAGUCGGUCAACGAGAUCGACCCCCUGAUCAUGCGGUCGCUUUGCGAGAUCGUCAAGUGCUGCGAGGAGUCGACGACCAGCGACCGCGCUCUGUAA